UGUGGACUACGUCACAACUCCGCCCCAUUCUCCUCACUUCCGGGUUCUUACUUCCGUCCUGACUCUUUAGCGGCAGUGGUAAUAACGUUGGAUUAUUUUAAAGUUAAAUCUUCCGAGAUGGAGUUCGAGCCGGAGACGCUGCAGUGGCCUGGAACUAGCCCUCCGUGAAAGUCCGGUCCCACCGAAUUAUGACUGAGAAUGUGCGCGUGUGAGUGAGUUUGGCUGUGUCGCGAGCGGGCUAACGGAUGUUAGCUGCUGCUGCUAACUGUUAGCGGUUAGAGUUUGAAUCGUUGAAGUUUGGACUGACACAGAAGAACAGUAGGAAGGAGGGAGGAAAAGACACCAAGAGACAAACAGAGAGAAGGAGGUUGGAUAGGAAGAAGACGCGGACAGGAUGGAGAACAAGGACAAAGUCCAGAUGAGGAACCAUCCCCGCAGACAGCUGAAGAAGCUGAGUGAAGACAAUCUCACCAGACAGCCUGAGGAGGUCUUUGAUGUUCUGGAGAAACUGGGUGAAGGAUCCUAUGGCAGCGUUUUUAAGGCAAACUACAAAGAGACGGGAGAGAUUGUAGCAAUCAAACAGGUUCCUGUGGAGUCAGAUCUUCAGGAGAUCAUCAAGGAGAUCUCCAUCAUGCAGCAGUGUAACAGUCCUCAUGUGGUCAGGUACUACGGCAGCUACUUCAAAAACAGCGACCUGUGGAUUGUCAUGGAAUACUGUGGAGCCGGAUCGGUGUCUGACAUCAUCAGGAUACGCAACAAGACGCUGACAGAGGAGGAGAUCGCCGCCAUCGUACAAUCCACCCUGAAGGGUCUGGAGUAUCUUCACUUCAUGAGAAAAAUCCACAGAGACAUCAAAGCGGGAAAUAUCUUGUUGAACGCUGAGGGUCAGGCCAAACUGGCCGACUUCGGUGUCGCGGGACAGCUAACGGACACCAUGGCCAAGAGAAACACAGUGAUUGGAACACCGUUCUGGAUGGCUCCAGAGGUCAUCCAAGAGAUUGGAUACAACUGCGUGGCUGAUAUUUGGUCUCUGGGAAUUACGGCUAUUGAGAUGGCCGAGGGCAAGCCCCCCUACGCAGACAUUCAUCCAAUGAGGGCCAUCUUCAUGAUUCCCACAAACCCUCCACCCACAUUUCGAAAUCCCAAUCUAUGGUCCCCGGCGUUCCGGGACUUUGUGGAACAGUGUUUGGUGAAAAACCCAGAAAAAAGAGCGACUGCCACACAGCUGUUACAGCAUCCAUUCAUCAAAUCAGCCAAACCCAGCUCCAUCCUCCGAUCGUUGAUCACAGACGCCAUGGAGAUCAAAUUGAAGAGACAGGAGGAGGCAGAGCAACGGGAACAGGACGCAGACGAUGACGAGGACAACUCGGACGAAGACGAAGUGGACCAGGGAACAAUGGUGAGGGCCGGGACAGGAGACUCUGGAACCAUCCUGGUAACGGGCUCACUGAGUGGAACAGCUCGCACCAUGAUCGGACCCGAGGACACCGGAACCAUGCAGUCUCAGCUUGGGACGAUGGUCAUUAACUCUGAUGAGGAGGACCAGGAGGAGGAUGGAACCAUGAAGAGACGAGAUGAGACCAUGCAGCCCGCCAAACCGUCUUUCCUGGAGUACUUCGAACAGAAGGAGAAGGAGGCCAACAGUCGGAAUGAUGAGGGAGGAGGAGGAGGAGGAGGAGGAGGAGGAGACAACAACGCCCUCAACAGGAGGUUGCCUGCUGAUGGAGAUCUGGAGGUGAUUAGCACGUGGUCUGUGGAGGAGCUAAGGCUCAGACUGGCCUCUCUAGACCCCCAGAUGGAGCAGGAGAUUGAGGAGAUUCGCCAGAGGUACCAGGCCAAGAGGCAGCCCAUCGUGGAUGCCAUCGAGGCCAAGAAACGACAGCAGCAGCAGCAGAACUUCUGAGGGGCUGCUUAGAGAUCCUUAAAUCCAGAACUUUUGAGGAUUUUUUUUUUGUAAUCCUGCUCCAGAGCAGAUUUUGUAACCAGUUCUCUGACUGGGGUUUUUCAGAUCAGGGGAAGUUUCAGAGGAAACGGUUUAUUGAAAAAGAAAGGGUUAGUUGGGAGCUCAACAGAUUCUGGUCAGUCCCAGUUUUUUUUUUUUUUUUUUUUUUAAUCUGGAUUUCCGAGACAAAAAAAGGUCUUUAAAUGUUUCAGUUUUCCUCUUCUACUAGUAAUAUUCUUCAACACUGAUGUUUGCUGGACUGUCCCGCACCGUCUUAACGUUUCAGCCUACGUUUCCAGCACCUCUUAAGGUGACAUCCGUGUUUCAAGAAACACAUUUUUUUCUUGGUAUAAGUGUCUGUCUGUGUUCCAACAAAAGUUCCACAAUUCCUCCAGGUAUCACUGGGUGUUACACAACUUCUGGUUCCUGUGGUGCAAGCACUUCUGACCUAGAUAUUUGAAAUCGGAAAUCAAAGGACUUAAUCAUUCUGGACCAGACAUUAGGAUUUAUGAACUAAAGACCCCAGACAAGGGGUCUGGGGUCUGGGUUUUUGGACUGAUGAGAUGAUAGACUAGUCUGGAGUCUAACCUAGAAACAGUCUUGGAAUAAAGACCAGAAGACUUGGUUACCUUGAAUUUGAGACUAGGAAAAAUCUGAAACUGCUUUGAAGUAGAAAAGGUCUAAUGGUUUAAUUUAUUCCUUGUUUCUAAGGAUGUUAUGGUUGAUGGUACAAUUUAUAGUUCCUGGUACGAGUGGGGAAAAAGUGUUAUUUGUACGUUGGUACUGAUCAGCGGAGAACUGAUGCUACUGGUUUUUGAUCCCUUUGACAAGUCUUUGCUGCUGUUGUUUUGACUUUGCUUCACUUCACAAGUUGAAAAGUUUCUAUUCUGGACUGAAUCGGUUUGACUGCUUCAUAUCUUUCCUUCAUUACAUUCCUCCUCUGAGUUGCUUUGAUGCUUCACACAAGGUGAAGUUCACCUCUGCAGUUCUACAGAGGAGCUGUUGCUGCAGCUGAGUCUCUCAGGUCAGAAAAAAAAAAAAAACUCAGGUCUGUAAAUAUGGGUGCUUCGGAGAAUUAUUCCUAAUCUGAUCAAUCAUCUCAAUAAAGGUACAUUUCAGGAUUUAAGAAGUUGAUUUGUAUGAGGUAAAAAAAAAAUAAAAGGCUCUAACGUCCAAGAGAAAUAUAGCGAUGACUAAAUCAUGCCUUAGAGAAUCGUUGGUCCAUUGCUGCCUCCGUUACAAAUGUUCAAAUGUGUUUGUGACUACGCUGUUUGAAAUUCUUUUUUGAAAUUGGAUUUACCUCAAUGGCACAAACUGAACACAGGAGGCAGCAUUGGACCAGCAGCUACUUUGUUUGCUAGCUGACAUUAUCUCUGUGUUCUUUGGUCUGUGAGCUAAAAUCACUGAUUUUCUCUAUGGACUUUGGUCUGAGCUAAAAUCACUGAUUUUCUCACAUUUAAGUUUUUUUUCCAAGGUUUUAGACUUGUAUCUUUUUUUUUUACCUUGUUCAAUCAAAUUAUCUUUUAUAAACCUGUACAGAUAAGGGAAUGCUGUAUUUUUUUGGAUAUAUAUUUUAAAAGUACACAAGCAAUUACCCAAUUACCCACAAGUCCUGUUCUUACUUCCUGUUUCCUGUGGUCCACAGUGAAUAAAGACUGCUUCACAAAGGGCUAGACUGCAGCCCACGUAGUUGGAUGUAAAUUGGGUGAGACGUUUUUGCAGCCACUCACACAGUUUAUCUGGUUUCUUUUUUUCCCGUAAUGGUACUUGAAUAUGUAACGGUUUUGUGUGCAGCCAAUAGGAGGCGCCUCCUCAGGUCAUAGGUUGUUUGACUCAGCCUAGUUUUAACAUAAACACCAGGGCCAGUUCUCGUUAGUCCUACUGUUUUUUUUACAUGGUCACUUUUGUAGAGCAGUUAUUUUUGUUUAUUUUGGUUGCUGUGCGCACAAAGCUGUUUGUUCUUGUGUUUCUUCUGAGCUGAAACUUUUUUUUUUUUUUGAUAAGUCCUGUCUCUGGUGCCUGCUGUUUUUAGGAAUGUGAAUUGAUGCAUUUUAUGUUUCAUUUCAUUCUUUGGUUUGGUUUGUUAAAUUCAUAAAAUGAAAAUAAAGAUCAGGAGAGAGAAAAAAAA